GCAACACAGAGCUCAGAGAAACUCACCAUGACUUUCAAGAGAAGAAAUGGCGGGCGCAACAAGCACGGCCGCGGCCACACCAAGUUCAUCCGCUGCUCCAACUGCGGCAAAUGCUGCCCCAAGGAUAAAGCUAUUAAGAGGUUUCUGGUGAGGAACAUUGUUGAGCAAGCUGCUGUUAGGGAUGUCCAGGAGGCUUGUGUUUAUGAUGCUUACACUCUUCCUAAGCUGUAUGCAAAGGUGCAAUACUGUGUUUCCUGUGCUAUCCACUCUCAUGUUGUGAGGGUUCGAUCCAGGGAGAAGAGGAGGAGCCGUGAGCCUCCUCAGCGUUUCAGGCGCCGGGAGGAUCAGCCUAGGCCUAGUGCACCUGGUGGACCUGGUCAGGCUCCACGCCCUGCUGCUGGAGUGGCAACUGCCCGUCCAUGAAAAGACUGCUUCUGUGGUUUUAUUGUUGAGGAUGUUUAGAUUUUUGAGGCUAUUUACUUUGACACAGCCUACUUGGAGUACUUGCCUUGCAUUAUUACCGGUUUGAUUUAAAUGUAUCUUGUUCUCGGAUUAUGACACUUCUAUGUUGGUUUCAUUAGUAAAUGUGUCAUUAAGUCAUGUUCUGACAAUUGGAAAUGGAAUAGAAAGACCCAGUUUUUUCAUGUACUAACUAAUGUUCUCUAGUUUCAUUACUUGCCUUGCAUUAUUACCGGUUUGAUUUCAAUGUAUCUUGUUCUCGGAUUAUGACUUCUAUGUUAGUUUCAUUAGUAAAUGUGUCAUUAAGUCAUGUUCUGACAAUUGGAAAUGGAAUAGAAAGACCCAGUUUUUUCAUAUACUAACUAAUGUUCUCUAGU